GAGAACAUUGGCUUUGGCCGACCAGAUUUCCUACAACUCCGCCAUAAGUGCAUGUGAAAAGUCCCGCGAAUGGUGCCAGGCCAUAUGGCUGAUGACUUUGCUCCACCGCCAACGACUUCAACCAGAUUUGAUCACCUAUAACUCAGCUAUCAGUGCUUGUGGUCAAGGUUCCCAGUGGCAGUUGGCCUUGCUACUUUAUUCCUAUUCCCUGUCCCAACUAUCCACCCGACCACCAGCAUCACCAGCAUCACCAGCAUCACCAGCAUCACCAGCAUCACCAGCAUCACCAGCAUCACGGGCACCAGCUCUGAAUCUGGUGGGGCUCAACGCGGCGCUCACAGCGUGUGAGAACUCCAGUGCCUGGCGGGUGGCGCUGCGGCUGUUGGUGACGGCAGUGACGGCGGAUGGCGCUGAUGUGGUGACCGAUGUGGUGACCUAUGGUGCCGUGGUGAGUGCCUGUGGUGCUGCUGGCGCGUGGCAACAGGCGGCCAGGUUGCUGGACGAUGCCCAGAUGGUGAUGCAGCCCGAUGUGAUUCUGAUGGGUGCCGUGGUUGGUGCAUUUGCAACUGCAGCAAAGUGGCAGGGGGGACUAGCAACACUGUUUCCUGGUCAAGACAUUGCCACAGCCAAUGCAGCACUCAACGGUUGUGGCAAUGCCAUGGCGUGGAGACAAGGCUUUAGCACGCUUCAGCACCUCAGCACGAUGGGCCUGCAGGCCGACCUAAUCACUUGCAACACUUUGGUGAGUUCCACUGAACGUGCCACCCAGUGGCCUGUCUCCCUUUGGCUUUGGCACUGGAUGGCGGUGGAUAUGAUCUGCCCGACACGGAACACUUACAAUGCAGUUGCUUCCGCAUGUGCCAAAGGGUUCAGAUGGGAAAAGGCCUUGUACCUACUGGGCCAGCUGAAAGAACCUGAUGUGAUCACUUACAACGUCACAGUUUGGUCCCUGGCCCAGUGCCUCCAUUGGCCCCUGGCCCUCCACCUGCUCCACCGCGCGGUGUCGUCGUCCAACGCCGAUGUGAAGACGUUGGCAGCGGCGCUGGGCGCCUGCGAAAUGGCGGGGAAACAAUGGCAGACACAACAGCUGCUGGGGAUGACGCAGCCGCUGGGCAUUAUGAGGAUAUUGGGAAAGCACAGGGAUAAUUACCAAAAACGAGGAUAUUGUGGUGAUAUUAGUUGA